AUGAAUAAAACUAAAGCAUAUCAAGAUUUGGGUACAAUAAACCCACUUGAAUCUUUAGUUGAACGUACAAAUAAGUUUCUUUAUGGUUUAUGGUAUAAUAAACAUAUUACACAAAAACAAUAUGAGAAAUUAAAGGUUAAUAAAGAAGAUGCCGAAUUAGCCCACCUUUAUUUCUUACCAAACGCACAUAAACCAGGAACACCUUUAAGACCUAUAAUGUCUGGUCUUAAAUCUCCAACUAUAGAAAUAUCUAGAUGGUUGGAUAGUUUAUUAAGACCAUUAUUCGAUCGUAUAGCCAUAAAUACAACCGUUAAAAAUGGCCUUCAACUUAUACAACAAGUUGAAAGAUGGUCGAUUACUUACCUUACACCAGCCACAUUAUUUGUAACAAUGGAUGUUACUGAUUUAUAUACAAUGAUUCCACAAGAAGGUGGAGUAACAGUCAUAAAAAAAACUAAUGGAGGCAUCUGGUUUAAAACAAAUCGAUGGUGUUAA